UAAUUUUUUGUACCUGCCGUCCGAGACGUCAUCGUACGUGCCCUCACCCAGCGACGCUAGCACUGCCCAUGCCCCACCAGCUCACCUUCAAUUGAGUACCGAUCUUCGUCGCUCCUACUCACAACACACCAACUACCUACAUCGUCGCACUGUCCAUAUACACCGCAAAUCACGCUCCACGGGGACCGACGAUCUCACGUGCAUCACUCACCAUAUCGCCCCACCCUGGAGGCAUUCACGUGCAAGCAAACAGUCAAAACACCCAGCCGCCACGCACUGCCCCCGCAAUCAUGACCGCACAAUCGCCGUUGCACUCGCCCUCAUCGCACCUUGAGAGGCCAAGAGGCAUCUUGAAGAACUCUAGCUCGUAUCGUUCCAGCUCGCAGAGCUCCCCGCCCGCCGAUGCUGCGAUCAGCCCCAUCUCCGAACGCCCCCCACUUGGACGCGAGAAGUCGGAGAAGGAGAUCGUCCUCGAGAACACUUUGCACAAUGCUGGCCAAGGCCACCGCCGCUCGUCAUCGAAUCCUCGUGGCUCGAUUUCGCGACGUCAGUCGGGUGCCAGCCCCCACCCUGACGAGAUCAGCCCCCAGCUCAAGUGGGACGAGGCGAACCUGUACAUCAACGAGCAGAAUCGCGACAGCACGAUGAAGAUCGAUGAGCCAAAGACGCCCUACGCCAAGCAGUACGACCCCGCCGAGGAUGAGGAGGAGGUCGAGAUGCUCGACGCUAGCGAACUGAACGUUGAUGAGUUGGACACGAAGCCGAAGCGCAAGGGCAAAGUGGAAGAUAUUCCUGAAUUCGACCUUGGAGAGCCGGAGUUGCGAGCACGACGCGAAUCCCAGACGCCGGAAAGCGAGAGACGCGUCUUGGUCGAUCCUGAGGAGGACAAGGGCUACCACGGCGAGCUGCCUCCCAACGCUACACAGGAGGAGAAGGAGAAGCACCGCAAAUUUGAGGAACUGCGAAAGAAGCACUACGAGAUGAGGAAUGUCAAGGAUCUGCUUGGUCACGCCGAGGACGAUGACGAUGAUGAGGCGCCGCCAACUAUGCCCAACGGUCAGCGCCCUUCGUAGCGGCAGCGAUUUUUCUUUCAAUGAGAUGGUACACGACGCGACGAACGAACGAACGAACAUUUCUUUUGUGAGAGCUAUGGGCGAAUUGGCGGCAUCAUGGUGGAGUUAGCAGGGAUCUUCGCACAUAAGUUGUUUCUUCCUAGAUUGCAAUGUCGGCACAUUGGAACGAUCAAUCAUGGUUUUUGCAUGCUAGCUAGAUGAAUCUUACGAUUGCUUCUCGCGCAACAAGUGAUUGGAUCGAGAUGAAUGUGGUGUUGAUACUAGACCCAGUCUCCGCGCACAGUGGAGACUUGACGGCACAAGCGAU